AUGGAGCCACCGAAGCGUGUGGGGCAGGAAGUCACACGGCUUGUAGACGGGGUCAAGGAUGGAAACUGGCCGCGGGAGAAGAAGUGGGUGACUGUGGGCGAUACAUCCCUACGGAUCUACAAGUGGGUCCCUGUGACGGAGCCCAAGGUUGACGAGAAAAAUAAGAACAAGAAGAAGAGCAAGGACGAGAAGUGUGGCUCAGAGGUGACCACUCCGGAGAACAGCUCCUCCCCGGGGAUGAUGGACAUGCACGACGACAACAGCAACCAGAGCUCCAUAGCAGAUGCCUCCCCCAUCAAACAGGAGAACAGCAGUAACUCUAGCCCAGCUCCAGAACCCAACUCAGCCGUGCCUGGUGACGGGGUGGAAGCCAAGGUGGAUGAGGCCCAGGCUGACGGGAAGGAGCACGCCGGGGCAGAAGAUGCCUCCGACGAGCAGAACUCACAGUCUUCAUUGGAAAACUCGAUGAACAGUUCAGAGAGAGUGGAAAGGCAGCCAUCAGGGGACGCGGGUCUCACCACAGACACGUCAGCCAUGUCUCAGGUACCUCGGCUGAGGCCACAGAGGGGCAGCCAGCCCAGCCGGGAGCCUGUUGGGGUGUCGGGGGAUUUGGAAGGAGUGCCACCCUCGAAAAAGAUGAAACUGGAAGCUUCUCAGCAGAACGCCGAGGAGAUGUAG